GUUUACAUUUUGUGUUGAAUAAAUUUAUUGACAUUUCUUAAACAUAACCUGCUUUUCGACAAUGUCACUGUUCCAGUGUUGCAUCUGGUGACGUAUGACUUAAGAAAGAUUUGAUAUAUUCUUAAACAAGUCACGGAUUAAAGAUAUCGGUCCCAAAAUAUCUAUUAUACACACAUCGACUAUCUUCCGGAGAUUUCCUAAUAUGGAUAUAUGUUCUGCUUGAAUGGGAUAUGAACUACAGUAUUUACGUUAAAUAAAGUGACUUGAACUGUUGAGUCAGUUUUAAAGUAGACGUUGGAAAGAAUUUCUCAGUCGUCAGGAAAUGUCGCUGGCGGACUUUCUCCGAGGAAAUCUCCUCCCCACGGCUGAUAAUGCGGAUCCUGAAGGAGAGGGCACGGGGGUGGGGAGUUUCCCUAUUACGUGGAAGACAACCUCCGUCACCAUUCCUAAGGAUGAACACACAAUAUUCGCCGCUGUACGCUAUAACGACACACAGAGAAUAGACCAACUGCUCAGACAGGGCUUCGAUGUCAACACGCUACAUACAUCAUCGCCAUGUCAACUGAGAAAAAGCAAGGUGCAGAAAAGCGUUGCUAUGCAGUUAAAUGGAUAUAGCCCUCUUCACAUCGCCUGUUUACACUCAAACAUGGAGGUCAUCCACUUACUUUUGGAAGGAAAAGCUGACAUCAAUAUAAAAGACUCGACCAAUCGAACGCCUCUUCAUUACGCUACCCUAGCCAACCGCCCAGACGUUGUGAAUUUAUGUAUAGAAAGCGGAGCGGAUGUUAACCAGCAGACCGCCAGCGGAAAGACUGCCCUCAUGUACUCGGUACAGGAGAAAAACCUCGACGUGGUGCAGGCGCUGCUGGAGGCCGGUGCGGAGGUCAGUCUAAAGGACGUUAAAGGGGGCACCGCGCUAGAGAUCUGUUUGCUUUCAGCAGGAAGGAAGGGCAAUUCGGAGAUCGUGAGAGCACUGCUAAAGGCCGGAAGUGAUCCUAACACGGAAAACCUUUAUAAAGCCACGCCCCUCAUGCUGGCUGCUGGUACUGGACAACUUGAAGUCAUCAAUGUGUUGUUGGAAUCCGGUGCUAAUAUCAAUCAUGAAGACAACAAGGGUAAAACGGCAUUUCACAUCUGCUGUGAACACACUCGGAUGACGCGUGCGGGUCGUCUGCUUCUUUCUAGGGGUGCGGACAUAAACCACAGAGACCACACAGUCGUGACAGGAAGCAGUGAAGGGAUUGGAAAGGCUUAUGCUAGAGAACUCGCAAAGCGUGGUGUAAACGUCAUCCUAAUUAGCAGGGGAGAGAAUCGCCUGUUUAGAACUGCUAAAGAAAUUGAAAAUGACUUCAAGGUUCAGACUUGCUGUAUUGCUGUGGAUUUUAACAAUGGACAGGAUGUGUAUCCAGUGAUAUGGGACCAGAUAAAGGACAAAGAGAUUGGUAUCCUAGUGAAUAAUGUGGGGGUAAUGUACAGCUAUCCCCAGUAUUUCCUAGACGUCCCCGAGGAGAGACUGUGGCAGCUAAUCAACGUCAACGUGGCGGCAGCAACAAUGAUGACACAUAUGAUAAUGCCACAGAUGGUACAAAGGGGAAAGGGAGCUGUCGUCAUGGUGUCCUCUGGGGCGUGUUCACAGAUAACACCACAGAUGACCGUGUACGCAGCCACAAAGAGUUUUCUAGACUACUUUGCCCGGGCACUUCAUCAUGAGUACAGGAAGAAAGGAAUUAUUGUUCAAUCUCUCAUGCCAUUUUACGUUGCCACCAAAAUGACUCGCUUCAGCCAGACUUUGUCAAAUCCUAGCCUAUUGAUCCCGUCAGCUGAAAUAUACGCACGGAAUGCCGUGGCAACCCUGGGAUACACGAGUCGAACCUCGGGGUACUGGCCCCACACAAUUCAGGCUUGGAUAUCGAACUUGAUUCCGGAGUGGUUGUGGAUGUGGGGGGCAACUGGACUGAACAACGCUCUACGGAGACAGGCGGAACAGCGGCGGAGACAGGACGAUUUAAUAAGGCGGGACUCGAGCGAGUUAGAUAUAUCCAAAUACUCAUGACAUGUACAGGAAUGAAAGUUGCCCAGGCAACCUGACCUCUGUGAUGAGAGACCUUCUAGUCCACCUCAGGUUGUAAGCUGAUGUUGAUGUAUUACUGACAGUAUGAAUAGCAGUGAACAAACUUACAUGUGUAGUUUGCUUGACAAAGUCAUUGUGAUAGAAUAAGUGCUGUUUCGUGUGGGGGUAAUUCCCAACUGCAAAUGUUUGGGUUUUUUGUAUGCUUUGUCGAAAAUGCAAGACUUCAUGUUUUUUUUGUAUUUUGUUGGUUUUUUUUUUUGCACACUGAAGAAUCAAAUCUUUUAUAGCAAUAAAAUCUAAGAAAAGCACAAA